AUGGAUCAGGUGAGUGCUUACGCUCCGCUUCUCAUCAACGCGGCAAAAGCCGUCGUUGUCCUGAUCAUAGGUUGGAUAGUCGCAGGUAUGCUGUCCGGACUGGUGCGGCGACGGAUUGUCAGCCACCCUCAGAUCGACGACACGAUUGGCGGUUUUGCCGCGUCGAUCGUUCGCUGGCUGGUCCUGCUGAUCACUUUGAUAGCUGUCCUGCAGUUGUUCGGCAUCGAGGCGACCAGCCUGGUCGCGGUGCUCGGCGCCGGUACGCUGGCGAUCGGCUUGGCGUUGCAGGGAACCUUGAGUGACGUCGCGGCCGGGGUGAUGCUGAUCAUCUUCCGGCCCUACAGGAUCGGCCAGUUUGUCGACGUUGGCGGAACCUCCGGCACGGUGAAGGAUCUCAACAUCUUCGUGACCGAACUCGUGACACCGGACAAUGUCCAGAUCAUCAUGCCGAACGGCCAGGCAUGGGGGUCGGUCGUGACCAACUAUUCGGCACAUGACACGAGGCGGCUGGACCUCACCUUUGGCAUCGACUACGGCGACGACGUCGACAAGGCGAUCCAGAUCAUCCUGGAUGUCGCCAAUGCGGACGAGCGCGUACACAAGGACCCGGAGGCGUGGGUGCGCGUGACCAAUCUCGGUGACAGCUCGGUCGAUCUGGGCGUGCGUUUGUGGUGUGCCGCCGAAAACUACUGGGAACUGAAGUUCCACAUGCUCAAGGCGGUCAAGGAAGCGUUCGACGCCGGGGGCAUCUCUAUCCCCUAUCCGCAUUCGGUCGAAAUUCAAAAGGCGGGAUAA